AUGGCGUGGAAAGAAUCGAAGCCAGCAAAGAGGGCUGUCAUUCGUCCUACCCCACCGCUCCUGCCCCCAACAACUUCCACUUGGAAGCCCACACAGAUAGCAAUGUUCGCCUUCCCCAGCUGCGGCGACAUGCGCUCGCCGUCUCCACCGAAGGGACGCCGCUUCAAGGUUAGCCACCGCCAUGCGGAGCCCAACCCCGACAUGCCAUACCGCUUCGAUUUCUCUCUCGACCCGGACCCGGACCCGGACGCCAUCCGGUUCGAGCACUCACGUGGCCUCCCCGGCCAUGCGGUGUUCGUGGGCACCCUCCCCGCCCCAGCCGCGUGGGAGGAGCUUCCGGCUCAUCACCUCCUCGCGCGCUUCUCCUGCAGUCCGGUGUCCGGCUACACUGCAACCCAAUACUUGGACCUCACGGUUGUCGUCAAGAUCAUUAUGGGCAGCAGUGGCGAAGUGAGUCAUCUACGCGAGAUGUUGUCUUUGCCGGAGACAGGCGCCAAGGUCAGGGAAAUCCUUAACAAGUACAUGGCCCGUAAACUGCAGGCCAUGGAGAAACUGCUGGAGACGCAGACUGAACUGCGCGGCCAGGUGGUGCUCGUGAAGAUCAACAACGCCCGGCGCCACAUCAGCGCGGAGGUGCUGGCGAUUCGGGAUCAGAUCAACACCCGAUUUGGCUUUCCGGGAUAUGAGCUGGUCAUGCUGAUCGAUGACCUAGACCCACCGAUGCAUGCGCACUUGGCGAGUGCUGACGUUUUCAUAGCCAAAACAUUGGCCACGAAGAAAUUCAUGUACUACACGGUGUGCAGGCCGGAAGGUCCGGUUGCCCACCUCUCAGCAAGCGCACCGCGGAAGGGUAGCAUCAUUGCCAAGACCGGGAUUUGUUUCAGGCCGACGGCGCCGGCGCGGCUGACUGCCGUAAUUCGGGUCAAUCCAUGGGGUAUGAUGGUGGCAUAG